AUGGACAGCCCCGAGUGGACGGGCGUGCGAGUGCGCAAGACCUUCUUCGAGUUCUUCGAGGAGCGGGGGCACACCAUAGUCCCCUCGUCGUCUGUCGUUCCUUACAACGACCCCACCUUACUCUUCACCAAUGCGGGCAUGAACCAAUUCAAGCCUAUAUUCCUGGGGACCAUUGCUGGCAGCGACGAUCUGUCCAAGCUGAAGCGUGCCGUCGACACUCAAAAGUGUAUACGCGCCGGUGGCAAGCACAAUGAUCUCGACGAUGUCGGCAAAGAUAGCUACCAUCACACCUUCUUCGAGAUGCUGGGCAACUGGUCCUUUGGCGACUAUUUCAAGAAGGAGGCGAUCGAGUGGUCUUGGGAGCUUCUCACCAAAGUUUACGGCUUAGAUCCUUCGAGACUGUACGUUACCUACUUCGAAGGCAACCCCGACCUCAACCUCGAACCCGACUUCGAGGCGAAGGAGCUCUGGAAGUCUGUCGGCGUGCCCGAGAGCCACAUCCUCCCUGGUGACAUGAAGGACAACUUCUGGGAGAUGGGCGACCAAGGCCCUUGCGGACCUUGUAGCGAGAUCCACUACGACAAGGUUGGCGGUCGAAAUGCCGCCCAUCUGGUCAAUCAGGAUGACCCCCUGGUCGUCGAGGUUUGGAAUAACGUCUUUAUGCAGUUCGAUCGUCAGAAAGACAAGUCGCUUAAGCCAUUGCCAGCAAAGCACAUCGACACAGGAAUGGGCUUCGAGCGGUUGGUAUCCGCACUCCAGGACAAGAAAUCUAACUACGCUACCGACAUCUUCACCCCCCUAUUCGAUCAGAUCCAACGCGUCACGGGCGCGCGGCCGUACACAGACACGUACGGAAAAGACGAUUCGGACGGUAUUGACACCGCCUAUCGCGUCGUUGCUGACCACAUACGGCUGCUUGCCUUUGCGAUUUCGGAUGGCGCCGUGCCUAAUAACGAAGGUCGGGGAUACGUCGUUCGCCGUGUGCUACGGAGAGGAUCUCGAUACGCCAGGAAGUAUUUCGGCGCCGAGAUCGGCUCGUUCUUCUCCAGGAUCCUACCCGCCUUAGUCGAACAGAUGGGCGAGCAGUUCCCCGAGCUCGUGAAGCAGCAGCAAGAUAUCAAGGAGAUCCUAGACGAGGAGGAGGAUGCAUUUGCUAGGACGUUGGAUCGUGGCGAGAGGCAGUUCGAGAAGUACGCGGUCCAGGCAGCCAGCAGCGGAACCAAUAAGCUCUCGGGGGCAGAUGUCUGGAGGCUGUACGACACAUUUGGUUUCCCGGAGGAUUUGACUAAGCUCAUGGCCGAAGAGCGGGGCCUCGAGACCGACGAGAACGAGAUUGCCAUCGCCAGAGAGAAGGCCCGAGAAGCUAGCAAAGCCGUCAAGGAGGCGGUCCAAACCUUUGCAAAGUUGAACGUCCACCAGAUUGCCGAAUUGAAAGACAAGAUACAGCUACCCCUUCCCAACGACGAACCCAAAUUCUCGAUAAAGUUCUCGGAGGAUGACAUGACCGGAAAGGUGCAACUCAUCUACACAGGCACCGAGUUCGUCAAGUCCACCAAGGAUAUUGCGCCGAAUACGCCCUUCGGAAUCCUGUUGGACAGAACCAAUUUCUACGCCGAGCAGGGUGGACAAGUUGCCGACACGGGAAAGAUAGUAAUCGACGAUGUUGCAGAAUUUGAGGUUCGCGACGUCCAACAGUUUGGCGGAUAUAUCGUCCACAACGGCUUCCUGAAGUAUGGAGAGCUCAAGGCCGGCGACGUGGUUACCUGCGAGUACGACGAGCUACGAAGACAGCCCAUCCGAAACAACCACACGGGAACGCAUAUUCUCAACCACUCGCUACGCGAAGUGUUGGGCGACGAGGUUAACCAGAAGGGCUCGCUCGUCGACCAAGAUAAGCUCCGGUUUGACUUCUCGCACAAGACGGCGGUCACUCUGCCCGAACUGAAGAAGAUCGAGCAUCUGUCAAACGAAUACGUCCGACAAAAUUGCAAGGUCUACGCCAAGGAUGUCGAGCUUGACCUGGCCAGGCGCAUCAACGGUGUUCGCGCCGUCUUCGGCGAGACGUAUCCGAACCCAGUGCGCGUGGUGUCCGUCGGCAUCGAUGUCGACAUGCUGCUUGAGACUCCUGAAAAUCCUGAAUGGCGGAAAGUCAGCGUCGAGUUUUGCGGCGGUACCCACGUCGAGAAGACUGGCAUCAUCAAGGAUCUAGUCAUCGUCGAAGAGAGCGGUAUCGCUAAAGGCAUCCGCCGCAUAGUUGCCUACACGGGAGAGGCUGCUCACCGCGUGCAGCGCGAGGCCGAAGAAUUCGGCAAGCGCAUCGCCGCCAUCGAGUCCCUGCCGUUCGGCCCCGAGAAGGAAGCCGAAGUCAAGCAGGCUACGGUCGAUCUGAACAACCUCGUCGUCUCCACUCUCACGAAAGAGGAUUUGAAGGUGCGGUUCUCCAAGGUCGUCAAGGCCGUCGUGGAGGAGCAGAAGAAGCGCCAGAAGGCCGAGAGCAAGACCGCUCUAGAUGCGGUCACCGGCCACUUCACGAAGGAGGAGAACAAGGACUCCAAGUACUUUGUUGGACACCUCCCCAUCUCAGCCAACGCCAAGGCCAUCUCCGAUGUUAUGAACCAUUUUAAGAGCAAAGACAAGACUCGGACAGUGUACGUCUUCGGCGGCAGCGAGGCCGAGGGCGUCGUGGUCCACGGCGUCUACGUGGGCACAGAACAUUCGUCGCAGGGCGUCACGGCCGAGCUGUGGGCCGCGGCAGUCACCGAGGUGGUGGGCGGCAAGUCGGGCGGCAAGGAGCCCACGCGACAGGGCCAGGGCACGAACGCGGACAAGAUCACGGAAGCAGUCGCGGUCGCGGAGAAGUGGCUCGCGGAAAAGCUCAAGAUCUCGGAGUGA